GAGGCAGCCCAACACGAAGAAAAACAGAUGGCCAGGCGUGCUAUUACGCUUCAUUCUGCUGCCACAUACUCUCUUCUGCAUGCUCAUCCCUAAUACUAUGCAGCCACGCAUUUUUGUCCCCAUACCUUCCGUUUUCUUCUUCUUUCUCUCUCCCUUUUUCCCAUAUAAAUUCUCUUCUUCCCCCCCUUCUUUCUUCCAUGUCUAAACCUCUAUUUUCCUCCAUUUUCCGCCAUUUUUACACUUACUAAACAUUCUGUUGUUAGUUGAACAAGAUGGGAAGUGUUUGUGCUGAUCACCACCAUCACCACCACCACAAAUUUCACCCUCUUAUCUCUCCCAAAAAAUCUCUUCAAGAUCUUAAUAUCCCUCCUAGAAAGCUCCUUUCUCGCCGGAGUGACAUCUCUGAUUGCUACUCACCUUCUUCUGAUGCUGCUGCUGCUCUCAUGCACAAGUUUCUCCCCUGUAAUGGCGAUUCCUCCCCCAAAUCUGAUAAUGAUUUUGAUUCCGAUGAUGAUCCGUACUCGUCUGAUGAGUUUCGGAUGUAUGAGUUUAAGAUCCGGAAAUGUACUCGUAGCCGUUCUCAUGACUGGACUGACUGUCCUUUCUCUCAUCCCGGGGAGAAAGCUCGGCGCCGUGACCCGCGGCGUUUUCACUACUCCGGCACAAUCUGCCCUGAGUAUCGCCGAACAGGUGGAUGUACGCGCGGCGACGAAUGCGAAUUCGCGCACGGAGUUUUCGAGUGUUGGCUGCAUCCGGCUAGGUACCGCACGGAGGCGUGCAAGGAUGGGAAAAAUUGUAAGCGUAAGGUUUGUUUUUUCGCUCAUUCACCUCGUGAACUUAGGGUUCUUCCCGUGGAAGACGACGGCGAUGAUAAGCAUCAUAAGCAUCAGCUACAGCAGCAGCAAUGUUGUAAGUAUUGUUGUACACUUUCUCCUACUUCAAUUUUGGGAAUGUCCGCCAAUUUUUCUUCUCCUCCGAUAUCUCCAUCCCUUUCCCCUCCGAUGUCACCAAUGAAGGCGAUGACUGCACGGGGGUUAGCUGGGUUAACUCGGUACUCGGACAGAGUUUCUGCAUGUGGUAGUAAAGGAUUGAGCUAUGAAGAUAUGGUGAUUGCUGAUAUUUUGGGAUCUUUUGAUGGUAUGAAUUUGAGUGAAACAUUAAGCCCAAAUAAGCAGGGUCGAGGAUUGUGGGUUGAUGUUAAUGGGUAUGAUGAUAAUGGCAUUGCUGAUGAUUAUGUCUCUCCCUCUGUUUUCUCAUCAAGGAAUCUAUUUACUGCUAACUCUGAUUCUUCUGUAUCUGGAGCUGUAUUCAACACCAUUAACAAUAAUGGUGCCGUUGAAGAUAGUCCUGAUCUCGGUUGGGUUAAUGAACUUCUCAUGUAAAUGCUAGCUGUUCAUGGAGGUUUUGACGACGAUUAUGAUGAUGAUGAAUAAAGGUUUAAGUGAAGAAUAUAUGUACAUAAGUCUGAUCUUUCUUUUGGUAAUUUUGUGAAGAAGAAGAAGAAGAAGAAGAAGAUGAAGAAUAAUUAGGGUAGGUUGUGUAGUAAUCUAAAGAAGGCAUUCACUUAUGUAUUGUUGUGCUUGAUUUUGAUUUUAAUCCUUAUUAUCUUUUGGAUUUGUAAUUUUUAUUUUUCCCACUUUAUUAUUGUACUACUACUUGGAUGUCCAAAUCUAAUUUGGGUCCUAAUAUGGAUGAUUAUGUAAGUUUAUUAAUAACAAGUAUUCUUAUGA